AUGCCUGCCAACGUCAAGAUCCUUGAGAAGCCCAUCGGCCCCAUAGGCUAUGGUCUGAUGGGCCUGACUUGGAGACCGAAUCCACAACCAGCCAGCGACAGCUUCAAGGCCAUGGAGACGGCGCUGUCGCAAGGGGCCAACUUCUGGAACGGCGGGGAACUCUACGGGACGCCCGAGCGGCACUCCUGUCACUUACUCCACGAGUACUUCAAACUACACCCGGAAGACGCCGACAAGAUCGUGCUCAGCAUCAAAGGCGGCCUGGUCCCCGGCCAGCUGAAGCCCGACGGCUCUGCCGCCAACGUGCGCCGGAGCGUGGAAGACUGCCUGAAGGUUCUCGACGGCACCAAGGGCAUCGACAUCUUCGAAUGUGCGCGGCUCGAUCCCGACACCCCGCUUGAAGAGACCAUCGGCGCUCUGGCGCAGCUCGUCGAGGAGGGCAAGAUCGGCGGCAUCGGCCUGUCCGAGGUCAAAGCGAGCACCAUCGAGCGGGCGCACGCCAUCCACCCGAUCGCCGCCGUCGAGGUCGAAGUGUCCCUGUGGACGACGGACAUCUUGCGCAACGGCGUGGCCGCGACGUGCGCGCGCCUCAACAUCCCCAUCGUCGCCUACUCCCCACUCAGCCGGGGCGCUUUGGCGGGCGAGACGGUCCGCAAAAACGCCGACAUCCCAGAGGGCGACAUCCGCAAGCACAUGCCGCGCUUCCAGGACGACGUGCUCGAGUACAACAACCAGAUCGUCGACGAGGUGUCGAAACUCGCGGAGCGCAAGGGUGUGACAAAGGCCCAGAUCGCCAUAGCCUGGGUCCGCAGCCUGAGCGGCCGCACCGUCACGGUCGACAGUGGCGAGCAGGUCACGCUGGGCACCAUCAUCCCCAUCCCCGGCGCCACCACGCCCGAGCGUGUCCUCGAGAACACAAAGAUGGUCGACCUCGACGACGCCGAGAUGAAGGAGAUUGCAGACAUCCUAAAGAGGAAUCCCGUCAAGGGAGAUCGUUAUCACGCCCGCGGCAUGGCUCACGUCAACAUGUAA